UCCUCGGCUCUCUCCGUAACCUGAUUUCGAUUCCUAUCAGAUAUUUGUACUAUACCUACAAUAUUCACUGCAUGUGCCUACUGAACACGUUCGCGCAGUUUCAUGGCGUCCACCUGCACGCAGCAAGAACUUGUAUUCUUCCCGAAAGCAGAUGCGGCUGUGCUCACUUCAAAGCCACCGCCAGACUACCCGCUCGCUGUCGGUCCGAUCUUUGAUCCUGACAGUGUAAACACUCCAGUCUCGCCAUGGCCUGUAGACGCCGAAGAGACCCACUACCCUCCCAUGAAGGACGCCGUUGCGCCAGCACCGGUACCAGACAAACAAGUCUGUGCAACGGAUCGCUACCUACGCGCGCCCCUGACGAAAAAUGAAAGAUAUCGACUGUCCAUGGUCUGGUAUUAUACGCGCGAUAUCUUUGAGGAAGCUGAAUUCCUGGCGGGUUUGCAGGAGAAAGUCUGUAUCGCUCAGGAGUCCACUGGAUGGGAAUUCGCUGUCAUAGGCAUUCUCGAUGUCAACUACUACACUCGCCUGGCCACAAUCGGUCUCCCUCUCGCAAUAUUGCCUCGAGGCGAAACCAUCUGUGCACACACGGUUGCCCAGCCUCCAGGAGUACGUGCGCAGCGCGUAUGACUUAUGUGAUGGUCGUUAAC